AUGUACCUGGUACUAGCGUGUGGCUCAAAUGGUAAGUAUCAGCUAGGACAAGACGAUGAUGAAGAUCAAAGGACGCUUAGACCGUGUAUUUUUCGCAAGGAUGGAGAGCACACAACAACUACAAUUGAUCACAAGCCAAUAAAGGUUGUUUGUGGUGGUAAUCACACUUUGGUCCUCUUUGAAAAUGGAGAUAUCUUUAGUUGUGGAGACAAUGAGUUUGGUCAAACGGGACAUCCAGAAGGUAUACCAGCUAUACCGGUGUUUACAAAAGUCGCAUCAAUGCCGCACAAAUUCAUCGAUAUAUCAUGUGGAUGGGAUUAUUCACUUUUACUCACAGAUCAAAAUGAGUUGUAUGCUUGUGGAAAUGGAUUAAAAGGUGAAUUGGGUCUAGGUAUCGGUAUUUCCCAAGUAACCAGGCCCGAGAUAGUGACUCGAUUUCAUUCCAAGGUUAAGAAGAUAAGAACGGCAGUAAAUCAUACAAUAGUGCAAACAGAGGAUAACAAAUUGUACGGAUGGGGCAACUGCAGAAAGGGCCAAUUAGGGGACAUUAAAGGCGAUUCGGUAAAGAGAGGUGCGAUUUGGAGGCCGACUGAGCUAGAUUUUGGAGUCCCUCAUAUUGAUUCGUUUGAAUUGGGUCGAGAGUUUACCAUAAUACUGACACCCGAUGGCCCUUAUUUAUUUGGGAAGUCAGCUGUUGAGCUGCAAGAGCUACGAAAUCAGGUGGACAGCAACCAGCUGAUUGGAACAAUGUGGUCUUCGGUUCAUUUCAAAAGUCAUAAUACGAUCAAAUCAUUUGGCACCAACACUCAUGGCCAAUUGUAUGACUAUGGCUCAAUCAGUGAUGACUUUGAGUUUGUUGUUGGAAGUGAACACGGCUUAUUGAAACUGGGAAAUAAAGUCUACGCCUGGGGCUGGGGAGAACAUGGUAACUGUGGUGAUACCAAAAGUGAUAACUUGACUAAUGAGGUAUAUAACGCCAACAAGAUAAAUGAUGAUCUGACUAAAAACAUCACCUUCGACUACUUGAAUGUACUAUAUGAUGGAUCUGACGAAGUUUUAAUGAUAGCUGGUGGUUGUGCCACUAGCUGGGUUAGUAUACAUGUGGAAUAG